AUGUCGACCUCCGAACAGCCGCUGCCCAUCGUCAUUUGGGUGCACCCGCGCUCGUGCUCCACCGCCUUCGAGCGCUCGCUCAUGCAGCGUCCCGACACGGUCGUCUUCCACGAGCCCAUCGGCGACCCCUUCUACCUCGGCAAGGACCGUCCCUGCCGUCGAUUCGACGACGAGCACGCAAAGGCAUCCGGCAACUACGACCUCACCGUCACCGAGGUGCUCCAGAAAGUGCUCAACCCCACCCAGGACGAUAUCUCGAAGAACAAGUCGUGGCCGCCCAAGUACGUGUUCCUCAAGGACAUGGGUCAGUGCCUCUUCCCCGCCGAUCUGCUGCAUCAGCUGCACCCGGAGUCCAAGGUCUUUCCCGCACCGACUUCAGGAGAGUCCAAGAGGUUCGAUCCCACCGCGCCCGUCAUCGAGAACCCCACCACGGUGCCCACUGCCGUGCUGAAGCGCUUCCGCCACUCGUUCCUCAUUCGCACGCCUGAAAAGUCCAUCCCAAGCUACUGGAAGUGUGUCCAAGAAGGCGCAUCCGGCUGGGAGUUCUGGGACCAAGCCGAUGCGGGCUACGUAGAACUCAAGAUUCUCUACGACUGGAUCUCGAAUCCGCAAUCCACCUUCAACACCGAGUCGGGAGACGAGCACGCGGUGGAGCAGCCUCAACCGCCUCCUCUGCUCGACGCCUCGACGCUGCUCGCACACCCCGACCACGCCAUCAAGAGCUACUGCGAGGCUAUGGGCAUCCCUUUCUCGCCCGAGAUGCUCAGCUGGGACUCGGGGCCCGUCGACGAGUGGGCCAAGUGGGGUGGGUAUCAUAAUGCAGCGGAGAACUCGACUGGGUUCAAGAAGGAUACGCCCGCACAGGCGGAUAAGCCCAAGAAGAUCGCGGAUCAUCUAGUGGGCGCGGUAGAGGCUUGCACCAAGCCGUACCAGUACCUGCUCUCCAAGGCGACGAUCAAAGAUCCUUGA